CCUCCAGCUGGGCUAAAGUAUCCGGACUCUCCCAGAACCGGGCCGACGGACUGCUGUCUUUUUUCCGAUGCGCCGUCGUCCCAGAGCUGGUCUGGCUCGUCCCGCGAAGCCCGGCGUUCGUUCCUCCGGACAUUGUGGCCAUGAAUACAGUACAUUUGUUGCAAGCUAGGACUUGUACUUCCUCGUGUCCGUUACAAGGAAGUCGAUGUGCAGGACAUGUAAACAAGUGAACUCAAAUGACAAAUGCCCUGAGAUGCCAUGGGUGUCCAGGGUCUGACCACCUUUGUGGAGGGGAACAGACACUUCCUCCAAGACGUGAGAUUCAGGGACAGUCGUCUGGUAAUCGAUGGCUGCAGUCUGUAUUUCCGCCUCUACUUUAACCACGGUUUGGACCAGCAGCACGGAGGAGACUAUGAUGAUUUCGCUCGCCUGCUCAUCCGGUUCCUCUCAGCAUUGGCAGCCUGCAACAUCCAGCCAUAUGUGGUGCUGGAUGGAGGUAUCGAUCCCAGUGACAAGAAGUUUCACACUCUACGACAACGUCUGCAGUCCAAGAUAAGGGAGGGAGAUCGUAUCUCCCAUGGCAGCAAUGGCUCUGUUCUCCCCAUCCUCACAAGAAGUGUCUUCAUCCAGAUCCUCAUCCAGAGAGGAGUUCCACUGGUCCAGUGUCCAGCUGAGGCUGACCGGGAGAUUGCAAUUUUGGCUCAUCAGUGGAACUGUCCAGUUUUGACCAAUGACAGUGACUUCUACAUCUUUGACCUGCCAGGUGGUUACCUUCCACUCAGUUCUUUCCAAUGGACCAACCUUAAUGGUAAAGCCUCUGAUCGCUACAUCUCAGCUCUGCGUUACACCACUAACAGCCUUUGUCACUGGUUCGGAGGCAUGAACCGCGAGUUACUACCCUUGUGUGCCGUCCUGACUGGUAAUGAUUAUGGCACUCCAAAAGAUGCAGAGACCCUCCUUUCUCGGUUAGAUGUGAGCACUUUAGGGAGAGGUGGCAGCAAGGGUAAAGGUCGAGCACCCACCUCUCGCAUCGAGGGCCUCCUCGUCUGGUUGUCCUCUUUUUCAAGCUCAGUGGAAGCCCUGGAGGAGGUGAGCAGGCUAAUGGGGGAGGAAGGUGGCAUGGGCAAGAGAGGACAGAAAGGUGGGCUCAGUUCAAAGCUGUGGGCUGGUAUGCAGGAGUACAGCAUCACCCCUCAAAGCUCUCUGGCUCGCUGGUUCUCUGCAGGUAAGAGAGCCCCACGAUUACAGGCCUCUGGGCUCGCACAGCUACCAGAGUGGCUUUUACAGGCGGCAGCACAGGGGCUGUUGCCCCCCUUUGUGGUGGAUGCUCUGGUGAUGCGUAGGGCCCUGCUGAUCCCACAGGUAGAGAACAGCAAACUUCCCAGCAGCCACUGUAGUGCCAGAACUAUACGCCAGGCUGUAUAUGGGAUAUUACAGCAAAGAGGCCAGGAUAAUGUGCCUCGGGGUUGGGGUGGCAGUGUGCAGCAAUUGAGGGGACCAGGAGGUGCGGCCCAAGCUACAAGGGGUGGGAGAGGGCAAGGGGGAAAAGGACGGGGAGGUGGUAACAGAGGUGGAUCAAGGGCUCAAGGUAUAGUUUCACCCACACAGCAGGGUGUAAAUGUAGGAGUAAGCAAUGAACAAGCUACUGGUGGAGCUAUAAUGCAUGCUCAGGGCUCCGCUGCCCAAAUCUGUGUGGAAGAGUAUGACCGUCUGGAACUGAACUUGAAGAAAAACGAAGUGGAGGCACAUCCACCCAGAACCCCUGUGUGUCUGGAUACACUUAACCAGGCUUCCGUGGCUGUUCGCCUUGGUGUCCUGUUAGAAGUGUUAGGGGUGAAGGAGUCGGCCCUGUCUACUGUUCCUCUCCAUUUGAGGCUCGCAGUGACAGUGACAGGCUUCUGGCUGCGAGAGGCCACACCGACACCCUCACAGCACCAGCUCCAGGCUUUGGUGCUCGGCAUGGUGUAUGGAGAACUUUCCUGGAACAACCAGCCUGGUGCGACCCAUCAUCACUAUGCUGUCCCACAGUUAAACUGGGCUGCGGAGCGCAAUGUACGGGCGGUGCUGGACCAACAACGUGUAAGAAGAGGGGAGCGACGGGGCUUGGACAUCGGAGGGGCUCACAGUUUCAGCCAAUGGCAGGCCUGCCUCUGGAGUGUUCUAGGUCUCGACGAGCUAUUGCUGCUGCCCCUGCCUGAACCCCGCCUGUCAUGGUUCUUCAGCGGUACCUUGGUGCACGGCCUCCUCAGGUAUCUGAAAGAGGGACGAGCUGCUGAAUCUCUCCUAGCUGGGGGUUCCUUAUCUGGACAACUUUACUUCUCCCUCCUUGAUGCCGUGAGGAACUGCGGCUCCAAGGCCCAUCCCUUCUCUUCAUCGGCUGGGAGGGGGAAGACAGGCAGAGGUCGUGGAAGGAAAAGAAGGAGGGGAGGUGGAAGAGGAGCACAAGGGACCGAGGAGAUAGACAACAGGUUUGCUCUCCUGAUGAACGAGGAAGAGUCUGAUGAUGAUUGUUGAGGAGGCAGGUAAAAAUAUACAGAUUGAUAUGAAAGCACUUGCGAGGGGCCAAAAGGAAGAAGGAUAUUUCAAGUGGUUUCUAAAACAUGCUCAGGGAAUGAUACAAUUAGUCCUUUCAAAUGAAGAAUAACACCUCUUCAGGUUUCCCACUGUGCUUCAACCUCUACCAAUGCAUGGCACUAGCUUUCCUGCAUUUUAUGUUCAAAUCUCCAAAUUUCUGUUGCCAUCUCAAGACACAUGUAUCAGAACGUCUUAGUAGUUUUUCCAAAAAACGCCCAUACUCUAUUUUUUAAAAAUUGACAAAGUAAUGUCACUGUAAUUGAUGCGGCUUUUGACAAACUGACAUGUAAUAAGCAACACAAGAAGUUUUAUUCCAUUUUAUUAAAGAUGCCUUUAUACUUAUA